CCCAAUCAGCAGCAACAUGUAUAUAAACACCGCCGUAUCAUGCGUACACACCAGGGUGUUCACAGCACUUCCGUUCAACGCGCCCCUGCUGCACACCUGGCACACCUGGCACACCUGGUACCUGUCCCUCAUUAAGCCCCAGUGUGUACUUGAAGGGGUGCAGCCACUCCAGUGUGCGCACCUGCGUUACUGCAUCAUUAAGGAGUCGUCUGCCACAAAGACUAACGCCGUCGACAGAAAAUGUUCAACCCCAGUUCAGACAAGCCCGCCUCCGGCUACAACCUGGACCCUCAGCCGGGGGACAAGGGGUCUCGCGGGGGUUGCGACGCGGGCAAGGGCUCCGGAGGCAAGCAUGACAAAGAUGCUCCCUGUGGAGGAGACCGCCAAAAAGAUGCUUGCAAGGGAGAUGAUCGCCACGGAGGGGAUUGCCAUAAAGAUGAUCAGGACAGACACAAGAAGCGCAACCCUGACUGCGAUCAGGAUCGCCAUGGAGACCGUGAACACAAACGCGACCACAGCCCUCACGGUUGCGGCGGUGGGAGCAGUGACAGCGGCAGCGAUGACGGGCACUGUGGCCAUGAUAAAAAGCGUGAGCACAAGCAUGGCCAUGGCCGAGGGCGCGGUCGUGGGCGCGGACAAGGACGAGGACACUGUUAGAAAGGUGAACACAGGCAGCAGACACACUGACCACCAAACGUCUUCUGAAACUCCACCUGCCAUUGUACUCUCCCUCUGAAAGAAACAUUAAAAGAUUUAGGCCUAAUUUUUUCUUAGGAUUUUGCCAUGUAGUCAUACUGGACCCAUUGUUAGCGCAGUGUCUGUGUUUUGUUUUCUCAUUGGAGUAGCUUUGGUCGUUUUAUUGUGAAGGAAACUGACAUGUCAACCUGCCUGCAGCCUUUGAAAGUCGCCAAACUACCCAACAAGAAGGCUGCAGGCAAGCAAACUGCAUAAAGCUAAAAUAGUUAACUGCACUGCAAUGAAAAUGGUUAACGCUGUAUUUCUGCACUUACAUGAAAUAAAAAGUCAUGAAAAGACA